CACGGGCGCGUGAUUUUUUUAUUUUUUUUUGUUGAGAAAAGCGUGAAAUUAGUAAGCCAACUGCACAAAUGCAUUUUGAAAACCUGCGCGAACGCGAACCUUCAGGCGCAGGCAAAGGCAAAUGAAAUCAGUUGCGCUAACCCUAAGUAUUAUGUUUACGAAAUUACCCUUCUGCUUCACUAUAAAUUCCCAAACGGUUUCCCUUAGGCUUGCAACUCCUUCAUUUUCGACAAGCCGAAGAACCUAUAGAUCUGAGCGGCAACGGCGAAGAACGUAAGCUCAUUACACGAAAAGGGGUUGGGGUCUUGAUCUCUCAAGAUACAUUGUUUGAUGGGCCAUAAAGACCUUCCUUUUGAAGUUGGACAAGUGGCAGAGUCAAGAUCUUUUAUCCAAGGUUUUCGUGGUGCAUGGUUCCGAUGCAAGAUAAAGAAGAUUAGCUGGAAAAAAGGCCAGAUGGGGCAUGACUUAGAAUAUGUUGACUUUCCAGAUGAAAAAAUAGAAUGGACAAAGCUAUAUCAAAAGCCCAUUAAUACAAAGGAGGUAAAAAGUCAAUUGAUGGUUCGUCCUUGCUUUCCUCCUAUCUACCGUGAAAGUGAAAUGCCUGAUGUUAAUACCAUCUCAAAAGUGGUAGUCAUUUUUGAUGAUGUUUUGAAAGUGGGGGAUUUGGUAGACUGGUUUACUGAUGGUUGCUAUUGGUCUGGAAGAAUAAUUGAAUUAUUGGGGGACGAGAAGGUAAAGAUUGAGUUGCCACCUCCUCCUAUGGGUGAAGGAUUAUCGUAUGAAGCCAUUCGCAAUGAGCUACGGCCAUCAUUAGAUUGGACACCAGAAUAUGGUUGGAUGGUCCCUAAGCUUGUGGAGAAGGGCAAUGAUCGUUGUUGUGCUCGGAUUGUUAAGCCUUUCACUCAAGUUUCUGGGGCUCCAAAUUUGAUGAUCCAAGCCGAAGGCAAAGGAAGAAACGGAAUUCAGGCUACUACUAGGGCAUCGCUUAAGUGUAAUUCUUCUUCUUCUUCUCAUAGUUCAGCUAGCUUGUUACAACUUCCAGAUGGGGUGAAGCGACCUUUGAGCACUGUGACAUUUAAUGAGACACAAACACCUGAAACAAAUUUGGAGUUAGAUAUGGAAGAGAAUGGAAUUGGAAAGACCAAUUGCUCAGACAUUGUUAGAGAUGUGUCAGCUGAUAUGGUGGGAACUGCGUCUAGGAAUGGAAAAUAUGAUAACUCUGGGUCUUCAAAGAAGAUAAAAGCUGAUGGAAAUAUUUCUUUAGAUUCCAUGUGUUCUGAUACGUUAGAAGUUGCAGUUAUGGACCUGGAAGAACUUGUAAACCGGGUUAAAUGGAUUAGGGGUUUGUUGGAAUUUGGAAAACCUGUGUCUAAUACUAUGCAGAAUGCUUGGGAAUUUCUGGAACACAGAGCAUCAUCCACACCAAAAUGAGUGUUCAAUUUUAUUGAAAGAAUUUCUUCGCUAGAUACAUUCUGAUGCCCAGGGAUCAACUGGAUCUACCAACAAACCAUGGAAUUAUAACCUCCUGCUCAUCUACCAUUGUGUCUUUAGCGCACCAGUUGGAUGGAAUGCAGAUUAGUACGA